ACUUGCCAAAAUCACUAAUUUACUAAACCCAAAAAUAUAAGCAAAAACAAAAAAAAUGGACACACAUCCAGAAACCCUAGAAGACAACGACCAAAACAACAACAACAACAACAUGAUGUUGGAUGAUGAUCAAGAAACACAACAACAUGAAUUUGAAACAUUUGCCAGAUCAUGGCUUUCAACUCUCCAACGACCACUUACCCAAAACGACGUCGAUUCAUGGCUUCAAUCCAACACUUCAUCUCUGCCUGCUCACAUCAAAUCAAUGCCUUCUUCAGAUGUUUAUCUAAUGCUAAAUUCUUUCUUGAAUGAUGGCAAUCUUUCCAAUGAGGAAAAGCCUCCAUAUUAUUUUCAGUUCCAGCGCUCUGAUCAAUGGAAGCCAAUCUAUACAUGGUUAGAGACUUUAAAAACUGAUGAGGUAAUUAAAUCAAAAGAAAUCAUAGAUUGGCUUACUGAGAAUCCAGAGGUCAGGGAUGAUUUGUCUUCAAGACAUUCCCGUUAUCACCUAAUGCACUACAUCAAAAAAUGUCACAUGAAGAUACUGAAGAGGAAAGAGAAAAAGAAGGGAUUACAUACUACCCUUAAAAUAAGUUCUCCGAUAGCUCAGAAGACUGAGGAAAAGAGAUCACUAGUCGUGAUUCCACGUACUAGAGUGGCCAAGCUCCCAAAGGAUAGUCCAAUAUACUUAGUGAAACGAAAUGAAGCUGUUCGAAAAUUUGAGAUCUUGGUUGAAAUGGAGAAACAGCUUGCUACACUCUUCCAAAAUCAAGAAGCUACAAAUGCUAUAGCAGGGCCAUGAGUGACAUAUGUCUAUCAGCACAAUGUACAAGGGACCGUCCACAGCCUAUGAGUGGUACAAAUGUAAUUAUGCUUGUUUAGUUACUAAGCCAGACUUGACCCUCUUGUGCCCUCCCUGUAGGAAAUUUAGAAUUUAGAAGAGCAGCUUACCGUAGUAGCACAAAGAUGUAAACAUAUGUCAAUGCUAGCAGUCAUUCGCAUGGUGUGUUUGUAUUGCCAUCUAAACAGCGUCAUUUUGAAGGUGAAAGCCACGAUGCUAUCAUGAUAUAUGGAUAUAAGACUUCAUUAUUUAAUCUCUUACAGAACAUAAAAGCGGUUUUUUUGGU